AUGGCUUCCAAGGGCGAACACGAGAAGCCAGAGACGAUAGAAGAUGAGCACCAGCCAAUUGUCAAAAAGGUGCGGCUUGACAUGGACGCCAAGGUCACGGAAGACGUCAAAAAAGUCAAAAUUGAUGAAAAUGCGGCUCCCCAACCUGAAAUCGGCGGCCACGAGGCUGUAGUUGAGAACGACUCAGUGUCGACCACGUCACCCGUGGCCGAAAAAGAGCUGGGCGCUGAUGUUGUCGAGAAUAAGGACGUGGACAAAGGAGAUGGUUGUCACGUCUCCAGCACCACCACUACCAGCAGCAGCAGUGCUUUUAGUGGUUUCAGUGCUUUUCGAGGCACUGAUGCUUUAGCGCAGGUUAUAGUACCCACCUGUAUGGUAAACACUGCCCCGGCGUCUUCCUCGGGUGCAGGAGCUGAAGUAGUUGCAGCUCAAGUCUCGAAAGAGGUUGAGCAGGUAACGUUCGUGCCGGUGCCGUCGACAGCAAAAAUGAGCAGCUCGAGUGGAUUCGCGUCGUUUCAGAGCAACUCUUCCGCGACGUUUGCUUCUUUUGCUGCCGUGCAGUCGACGUCAGAGGGUUUUGGCGAGAAAGCAUCGGCGUCUUUGUCGACUGAUUUUCUGGCGGACGCAGACGCGGUGAAGAAACCAAACUGUGUCGUACCAGCGCUUUCCGAAGCCGAGCUAGCGAAUGGAGAAGAAGAAGAACAGCUGUUGGUCGAGAAACGCACCAAGCUUUUUAAGUUGGUGGAGAAGGACUACGCAGAAGUUGGUGUUGGCCCACUGCGAGUCCUGAACAUGAAGGAUGCAAAGACGGAGACGGACAAAUACACAGCACGGCUAGUAAUGCGGCGCGAGUCGUACCCGCAUGGACCUGGCACCAAGUUGCUGAUUAACACAAGUUUGCGCUCUUGUCUACUGUGCGAGAAGAAGACAGAGAAGACGAUGCUUUUGACAGUUUUGGAGGAGACAAAGGAGGACCUGGAAGCGGAAACGAAAGUCAUCCCAGUGACUUAUCUCAUGCGAUUUGAAUCGCCAGACGAUCUAGACGUUGUGAAAGCGCGGAUUCAGACGCACUUGCACUUGCCGGAAGCAGCUACGUCUCUCAAUUGA